AUGCCGGCUAGCAGUAUCAAUUUGUACCAUAUGCAAGAUGCCAAAAAUAAUUUUCAAGCCCUUCGGCCUGCUCCUGUCUGUAGUGAUUCUAACAUGUUUAUGGGCCAAUGCCAGAAUAUUCAUGUAUCAACAAAUUGUUAUUAUGGCUUUCACGAUCAAAAGAACAUAAGCAAUAUUUCCGAAGACGUCGAUUGCGAAAUGAUUGAGGUUUCACAUGGGGAAGAUACUAAAGCUACAUCGUCAGAACCUCAAAGUAAUGCGAGAAAAAGAAGCGCAGAAGAUUAUUCAUAUCCGAAAAAUAAACGUCUACGUGAAGAGGGUAUGGUGCCAACGCCUCCAAACUACAAUCCAUGCUUACUGCGUCCUACUCACAACAAUCCAGAUAUAUCUCGUUGUCUCAUGGUCCACAUGAUU